AUGGUCGCCGUCGAAGUGCCGGUUAUCGCGGAUCGCCUCGAAGAAGGCAUAUCAAGCUCGAUGCGGUAUGAGAAUGGGCUAAGCAGCCGACUCCGGACCCAACAGAAGACUCGUGCGCGAUCGAGGCGUGAGGUCCCCGAUACCCAGGACUGGAAGCUUCCCGGGAAACCCGUACAGCGUGUCGAAGACGACACGACCUUGUCCGACUCGGGUGGCUCGAGCGCACACUCCGACGAUACGGAUGGCGACUACCGCGCGAGCAGCGAAGAGGAUGGCCCAAUGAAACCACCUUCGAAGCGUCGUAGGCUUCCCGCGCAGCCAUCCGGCCCUGCGCCGCGCCGUCCUCGGUUUCGGAUCCCAAGAGCAGCAGCCGCUGCAGGUCGUGAAGGUGUCGAACGGGAGGACAGCAGGGUGCCAACGACGACUGCGAAAGACCGUUCCACGACCCCCUGGAACACGGAUCAUGAUCCGGACACGCACGCCCACUCCCAACCUCCAAUUGAAGCCGAGGGGCGCAGUUGCCCUAUGCCGUUGUUGACCCGAGGGGAAGCCGUGAUGCUGUCAUCUACGGUGGCCCAAGUCGUUUUCGAGAUGGUCACGGGCCGUCCAAUGACCGCCUCAGAUCUCGCGGGCGAGACGACAGCCGCGGCCGACACCGAAAGAGAUUACGGCGAACGGAAGGUCGAGGGUCUGGAUGGGAGAAGACGUCGCUGGACUCGAGAGGAGGAGGUCCGCCUAGUGGCCCUGAAGCAGGACGGCUUCUCCUGGACGGAGAUCGAGGAGCGGUUUCCACACAGACAACUCGGCUCCUUACGGCAGCGAUGGUACACAAAACUUCAGAAUACGCACGCAAGCAACCCCCCCACCGACAAGCGGAGGCAAGAGUGGAACUGUCGUGCGUCGGCCGGUGAGCCCCUUCCGAUAUCCAAGCCGCCCACGCCCGUCGGAACUUCACAUCGCUAUCCCGGCGGACAACCCCAACCAGCAGAUGACCGGGCCAUGCCGAAUGCGAAGCCCCGCACACCAUCUCCGUCCUCGACGGUGACCGCCAUGUGCCCAGUGUGCAAUUCUGUGGUCGAGGUGGAGGCUUCCAGUGCGUUCAAUGCCGCCAACAAUCGCAUGCGGGUCUACGAGCAGCUACGGUUCUGCGAGAACCACCGAAAGGAAGCCGCACGGCGCGAGUGGUCCCGACUUCGCUAUCCCAUCAUUGCGUGGGACCGCCUAGAUGAUCGGUUGACUCAAUUCCAUCCUCGCCUGCGCCGGAUCCUCGAUGAUUCCCGGUACCGCUCCCGCUGUGAGAGUGUUGUGCACAAGAAAGUGCGAAAGCAUGGCAGGAAGAUCCUCUUCCGGAGUGUCCUGCACAGCACUGGCUACUAUGGCCUUAGAGGCCAUGAGAUCCUCUCAGCGCAUGUUGUGUCUCACUUUAAAGAUGCCAUCGACUCACUGGCCGGCAUCGAUAGCGUGGUGUCGAAGUAUGGUACUGUUGUGUUCGCCCAGGAGGUCUUGGUUCCUGAACUGCUGGAGAUGUUGGUUCAGGAGGACAUGGGAGUUGAUGCCAAAGGGGCCCGCCGGAUUCUGAAGGAGAGCAACAAGAUCGGGAAUUUGCUUAAUCUUGAGUGA